AUGACAGCCUACAGGAACUGCGGCAGCAGGCAGGACCUGCUCGGCGCCCUGACCCUCGCCGUCGAGAAGGUCCAUCCCGCCGCCGCCCGCACCAUUGUCGACUACCUGGCCAGUCCGCUCUCCGACCGCGACCUCUCCGACCUCGUCCAGUCCCUGGGUCCCGCCCGCGACGGCGACGAUUGGUCGGAGCCCAUGCCCCUCGCUGCUCAAGCCCGCCUGCUGGACCGCAUCAAUCACGCCAAGACGCGCUACGCUACCUUCCUGCGUGCUCGCAACCAGCACGACGUCCAGAUCCAGUGGCCCUACGAGCACAGCCUGUGCACUCUUGGCCUGCUCCACAGCAGGGAGCUCGCCACUUUCUUCGAGCGCCUUUGGUCGCGCCGUUACACGCACUGCGCCGUUGGCUCCCUCGGCCCGCACUCGUACCGCUGCUUCAGCGUCGUCAUCAGCUCCGACGACUUCGCCCGCCUCUGCACUUUUGCUCAGGACAGGCGUGUUGUUGUCACAGAGAACGUGCUCCAGACCUUUGGCCCUCUCGAAGGAGCCAGCACGCCUCGCACCAUGCAGGACAUUCACCUGGAAAUGGUGACGGCUCUUCACGAUAUACACUUAAAUCGCUUUGACAUGGCUGCUUCGCCGGUUGCGCGUGGCAACGAGCCUUGGUUCCCUUUCCCCAACGCUGUACGCCAAUCCAACGAAACAGUUGCCCCACCUCGCCUUGAGAAUGUCAUGCUGGACAGGAGGCUUGACACCACCAAGGACUGGGAUCGUGGCAAGGCUGACGACGUGGUGUUGAGGAAUGCUGCUCGCGCAAGAGGAGGCGGUCACCGCACUGCGUGUCAUGGGAUCGACACGCCCUGGAGACCUGCGAUGCCUUCCCAUUGGAAAAGCCUUGACCACGAACAAGGGGUGGACUUCUUCAAUGAUGGAUUGGGCGACGGGAGUGCGCGAGGUGCUGUUCGUUGGCCUGAGCUUGCCGUCGUCAAGGAAAACCGUUAUGACAAGGCAGCCCGCAGGCCGCCGCCCAAAGGCUACGUAAUGGAGGCUUUGUCCAGCUCGGGUGAAGAUUCAGCCUCGGUUGCUGUUGCAAGUCUCUCGACUGUUAACGGCGACCUCCAGCGGAUGAAGUCGUUUGUCCAAAAGCCUUCACGGGGCGAGACCCUCCAGCCCGCUACUGCUGCACAAGACGUUGAUACAGCGCAAGCGGAAGCCCUUCCAACGCCGCCGUCACCAAAUGAGGCUGUCCCUAUGUCCGGGAAACCGCCAAGCGUUACAGGGCUGGCAACUCCUCCCGACUCGGCAUCGCCAGUCAAGCCUCGAGGCCCACCCAAACGGGUCAAUACCAGGCGAGCUCCAAAGGCAUCAGCAAAGAUCAAAGCACGCCGUCCUCAAGUUCGCCGGACCACUCCAAACAAGACAGACAGCAGCUCUACGACCACGGCCAGCUCGCGCGUUCAAUCGGUUUACUCUAUGGAGGAUCUCAAGAUGUCUGCCAAGAGCAGUUCUACUACAGUGGAUACACCAUCACCAACAAAGCUCUGGACGAGUCCGGUCGAGGGCUGCAAAAUGCUUGAAAGACGAGGGAGCUCUGGCCUGGCUACCUUCUCGCCUACAAAGCAAGCCACGACCAGCGUGCAGCACAUCGAAGUUGUUGCUCAGCUGGCUUGGUCAGUUGCUGAGGGCAUUGUAUGCCUUUCAGCACUGAGUGACGCAAAGGAAAUAGACGUCGACAAGACGCCUCCGCAGGAAUUCCGGAAGGAGAGUGUUGACUCGACGAUCGGGCCUAUACAUCGCAGCGCUGUCGAUGCUCUCAAAAACAGUAUGAGCCCGAAGUGUUCCAUGGCCAUGAGCGGAGAAUGCAACCACGGAGCCUUGGAUGGCUGGCGAUGA